AUGGAGGGGGAUGUGACGGUGACCAAACUCAAAGAAACCGUCGCCUCAGUUCUCGUCGACAAGCUUGCCGAAGGAACUUUAGUUUCACUAGUCUAUUUUUCCGAAGGCAGCAGCUUCCACAGUGGUCCUAUGACGUUGAUCAAGGAUUCCCAGACUAACAUCGCCCGUCUAGUGCUUCUGGCUCCCAUGGAGGGACCUACGUGCACGCUCUGUGGGCUACGAAUGGCACUGCAGGUGCUAAGCUCGACACCAGAACAGAGCCCCGAAGGCAACGUGGUUAUCCUGUUCAGUGACGGCAAGGCCACGGGCAGUUCGUCGUCUUCAGCUGAGGAGGACACAGGCGAAUUUCUUGCUGUGGUGGGAGAUUUCCAGAGGGAGAGAGUGAUCAUUACCACCGUCGCUGUGAGUGCCACCGCUUCGCGAAACCUCGAGAAACUGGCCCUGGAGACCGGAGGCCGAACGUACGCCGUCUGCGAUAUCAAUGCCGAGGUGGUGGAAGGGCGCUGCUGGAUGGGCGUACUGAAUGCCUUCUUUGAUACCACGGAUGAGCUUUCCUCGGCUGUCGACUUGUUGCGCAUCAAAAGCACGGCUAACCACUACGGCAUCGGCGAUGGCCGGAGCUCGGGCCUCUUGGGGGCGCGAAGUGGUCUCUGUCUUGAUGACCCGUUCAGACUGCAGGUUCGCGUGCCGGAGUACGUCGACACCUACCGGACCGCCGUGGUCUUUGCGUCCCUGACCAAAGGACUGUGUCCGGUUGUUCACGCCAACGUCAAAGGCAUCGCGUUCUUCCAGAACAGCAGCACUGGAGAAGAGUUCUUACUCCACGAUUCGGGACUCGGCGAAGACAUCUACGUUAAUGAUGGCAUUUACACGGGCCAGUUCACGAAGUUCCGCGGCCGGGGCCGCUACACAAUCGUCAUCAAAGUCAGCAACAAGUCGCAGACCGAGUUUCUCGACUGGGCCGCGAAUAAUGUUCCGAAUGAAUCGCCCGCUGUAGCAGGCGAUCGUGCAUCCACGGGCAGCUUUCAAACUGGCGUGCGAGGCCGUUCGACGGGCGUCUUCUCUGAAACAUCAGCGGGACAUCCGGUGUUCAUAAACCACAACAUCAACGUGAGCCAAGUGCCGCCAGGCAGAGUUCGUGAUCUGAAGGCAUCUUUCGAAUCACACGAGGGCCGGCCCACUGCUCGUCUCUCCUGGACAAUGCCCGGAGCGCACGCCUUCGAAGGAACAGUCUCGUCCAUCGAUGUCCGGUCAUCUCGGAGCAUCCAAACAAUGCUCGACUUCUUCCACAAGGCCACCACAAUCUCAGAGCAAGACCUCGUCUCCGGUUCGAUGAAGCCACUACCGGCGUUUUCUCACCAGCUGGCAACCGUUUCCAUCCCGUCUACUGUCAUUUUCGCUAGCAGCAGUGAAGAAUCAGCCGGGCAAGCUCCUUCGGUGUCCGGCUACAAUGUCUACUUCGCUCUAGUCACCACCAACGCCGACGGUUCCCGCUCCGAAGUCUCCAACUUGGCGAACGUCAACGUCCCUGCCAAUUUCACCGUUCCAGCAGGAAUAGCCCUGGCAGGCGCCGCUCUGUUUGUACUGGAAGACAUUUUGGACGCGAAAAAUUAUUCAGAAAGCACCGACGUGUCGCCGCCAGAGGCCAUGUCACCUUGGGAGGAGCUGUUGUCAAUCCUAGUAUCUUCGAGCGCUAACGCCACUCCCUCUGCAGCUCCUGAAAGCUCCUACGGAGAAACACCGGUAGAAACAAAAAAAGCGACAACCGCUAAAGAAACUACCAAACCGCAGGAAACCACUACCCCGACGACUAAAAACAAGGAAAAGGCAACACCCUCCACUGUCUCUACCACUAGGCGUAAAGAAGUCGUGGCUAAUGAACGUGCCGCCACUGCGGAGGAGGUCUCAACACCAGAGCCGCUGACUACACCGGUCAACGGUUCCGAAGCUGAUCUGAAUGUAACCGUUCCGCCUGGCGCCGAGAAGAAAGCGGUGAACAAGUUUGGUGUGGAUGACGACGAUGGCACUUUUCGUGCGUGGUUGCUGUUUGGCGCGUUCAUGGUAGCGUGUCUUCUAAUCUGUGCCAACCUGGCAUUCCUGUACUGCAGGGCGCAGUCCGAAGUGGACGAUGGCCCGCCCAGCCCUCGCGAAACUAUGGCUAUGACUUCGGGUUACAGCAGCUACUAG